AUGGACGCCGCACUGGAAGCUCACAACAGAGAGGCAUUCCGACAGGCCGUCGGUAAUACCCUCGAACGCCGUUUGUUUUACAUCCCUUCUUUCAAGAUCUACCGUGGCGUUGCUGGCCUCUACGAUUAUGGACCCCCCGGUUGCGCCGUUAAGUCUAACGUCCUCGCCUUCUGGCGUCAGCAUUUUGUCCUUCAAGAAAACAUGUUAGAAGUUGACUGCCCUUGUGUUACACCAGAGAUUGUGCUGAAGGCAUCGGGCCACGUUGAUAAGUUCACUGACCUCAUGGUUAAAGAUGAAAAAACUGGAACCUGUUACAGAGCAGAUCACCUGCUAAAGGAUUAUUGCAAAGAAAAGCUUGAGAAAGAUCCUAAUCUAAGUGCGGAGAAGGCAGCAGAAUUGAGGCAUGUGCUUGCUGUGUUGGAUGACCUCUCUGCUGAAGAGCUUGGUGCAAAGAUCAAGGAAUAUGGCAUUUCAGCUCCAGAUACGAAGAACCAUCUCUCUGACCCCUAUCCUUUCAAUCUCAUGUUUCAGACAUCAAUAGGCCCAUCUGGUUUGAGCCCUGGGUACAUGCGCCCUGAGACUGCUCAAGGUAUUUUUGUGAACUUCAAAGACUUGUACUACUAUAAUGGGAACAAGCUUCCUUUUGCAGCUGCACAGAUUGGUCAAGCUUUUAGAAACGAGAUCUCUCCACGCCAAGGUCUUUUAAGGGUCCGUGAAUUCACACUAGCAGAGAUUGAGCACUUUGUGGAUCCUGAGGACAAGUCACAUCCUAAAUUUUCUGAAGUUGCAGAGUUGGAAUUUUUUAUGUUCCCAAGAGAAGACCAGGUGUCCGGACAACAAGCAAGGAGAAUACCUAUUGGAGAAGCCGUUUCUCAGGGGAUUGUCAAUAAUGAAACACUGGGUUAUUUCAUUGGGAGAGUCUAUUUAUUUUUAACUCAACUUGGAAUUGACAAAGAUCGCUUACGAUUCCGCCAACAUCUGGCAAAUGAGAUGGCACACUAUGCUGCAGACUGUUGGGAUGCUGAAAUCGAAUGCUCUUAUGGUUGGAUUGAAUGCGUUGGUAUUGCCGACAGAUCUGCAUAUGAUUUACGUGCUCACACAGAUAAAAGUGGCGUUGCUCUGGUGGCUCAUGAAAAAUUUCUGGAACCCAAAGAAGUGGAGAAACUUGUUAUAGCUCCAGUGAAGAAAGAGCUGGGUCUUGCCUUCAAGGGUGACCAACGGAUGGUGGUUGAAGCACUGGAGGCCAUGGGGGAAAAGGAAGCUAUGGAAAUGAAAGCUAUUCUGGAAGAGAAGGGACAGGCGGAGUUUCAUGUCUGUACUCUUGACAAGGUUGUGACUAUAAUGAAGAACAUGUUGUCAAUCUCCAAAGAAAAGAAAAAGGAACAUCAAAGGGUUUUUACACCGUCAGUGAUUGAACCGUCAUUUGGUAUUGGAAGGAUUAUAUACUGUCUGUACGAGCAUUCUUUUUAUACCAGACCUAGUAGAGAUGGAGAUGAACAGUUGAAUGUCUUCCGUUUCCCUCCGCUUAUAGCACCCAUCAAAUGUACAGUAUUUCCUCUGGUACAGAAUGAACAAUAUGAGGAAGUUGCCAGAUUCAUUGCCAAGUCAUUGACUGCUGUUGGGAUCUCAUAUAAGAUUGACAUAACAGGUACAUCAAUAGGAAAGAGAUAUGCUCGAACAGAUGAACUUGGAGUGCCAUUUGCAAUUACAGUUGAUUCAAAAUCCUCAGUUACAGUCCGGGAAAGGGAUAGCAAGCAGCAGAUUCGAGUUAGUGUGGACGAGGUGGCAUCCGUAAUAAGGGAGGUGACUGACGGUGUGAGUACAUGGGCGGACGUGUUAUGGAGAUACCCGACUCAUUCGUCUUAA